CGCUCAGAAAAUAUAUUUUCGUUCCACUCCCGUCGGUGCUGGCAUCACAUACUCGUUGUUUUUAGUGCUGUGGGGACGGACAAAUGCCGUCGCGUAAUUCGCGCAUCUCGAAUGCGUCAGCUCAAUAUUUGCGCACGGAGUUGGACGAGGUGGCAGAAGUGGAGACGCGAGUGCAGCAUCAACGGUGGUGGUCUCUUCGCUUCGAGCAUCCGGUCAUGGAGCAGCGUUUUCAGAUUUACUACGAAGAGUCCUCGAUCGUGUCAAGCAAGUGGGCCUGCGGUGUCACGCUGGGAUCGGCUGCUGCGCUUCAAGCUGCUGUUUUCUACGAUACAUUUACUCUUAAGUCGCACGAGAGGACCCCCUGGGUGUUUGUUGAUAUCGCGGUUGCCGGCAAUGCUCUUCUACUGCUACUCUGGGGCAUUUUUCUUUGGACAGCUCGCCGACGCAAACGCCUUGGUGCUUACUUUCAGAUCAUGAUUUUUGUGCUAGGAUUGAGCAUGCUCUUGCUCAUUCUCGUUCUUGGGUUACCAUUAGCAGCAUACGAGACCGAAGCUGCCAGUAUCAGUGAACAACAGGACCUGAAAAUUCUAGCUGAGCUGGAUGAAGCUAGAAAAGCGCACGAUGUUACUCGAACAAUGUUUUUCCUGUUGAUGCUUCUUGGGGCUAUUGCCACGACAUGGUCCGCUCAAUUUCUCGCUUACUGCGCCUUAGCGACGUGCACGUUGUUCGCACUUGGAGGGUGGAUUAUCGGCUGUUCGGACUAUCUUCGACGUCAAUGGCACCUUGUUGCACUCUUCAUCUGCAGUUUGUUUCUUCUUGGCAGAGUUAUUUAUUGUGGAGAACGCAACUUGAGAAAUAAAUUCCUUCGGGCACGUCGUUUAAUGCUAGAAAAUCUCAAGCUUUCUCGACAAAACUCCGUUAUGCAUCAACAACUGAGCUGCCACGUUAAUGCUGUUGGCAUUGGGAACGGACGUCAUAGUGAGUCUCGGGCUGCUACCUCCAACGGUGGGAGCCGUGUUCUUCCGCAAAAACAAAGAUCAAAGAUUCGACCUAAGAAUGGUCAUGCUACGUCGGACCCGCCAGCAAUAGGCGAAAGCUGGAUGGAAAAUGUGCUCCGAAGCCUUGUACAGUUGCGUCAGCGGCUUCAAGACGAUGAACAGACCACCGGUGAACUGGAUUUUGUUUUACAAGCGCUGACUUCUGAGCAUGAUCUCUUCCUCGAUACCUGGUCUCGUCAACGACGUGUGCCUGCUGGAGAAAAAGCAGGCACAGGUUGGUUGUCUCUCCUUGAAGAAAAGCGCAAUCGACGACGCAAAACUGAAGGCAAGCAGCAACAGAUCCCUUCAACUCUGGCAUUUCUGACAAAAGCUCUUCGGCGAACCUCCUCAGGAUCUCGAAUGACAGUGCUCACAUUACUUGAAAAUUAUCUUCCACCUCCUGGUGAUAACAAGUCGAGUGAACAGAAAUAUUGGCCACCAGAUGAAUUGCUAUCCCUCUCCGCUACUUGCCAAGAACUAGACUUGUUCGCCUUUGCGCAGUCCUGCACCGUGCCACUCACAACAUUGCUACUCACGACACUUGAAAGCCACAAUGUAUUUGUCACUCUUCCGUUGCGGAUUGAAAGUGUUGCCGAUUUUGCUCAAGAGAUUGAGCAUCGCUAUCAGCCCAAGAAUCCUUACCACAAUGCACUGCACGCAGCUUCAGUCCGGAGUGGUGCCCCAGCAGUGCGUGGCGGUAGUGCCUUUACGGCGGCCACCCACGGGAAGCCAGGUGUGAAGAAGGGUAAAUGCUUCAACUGUGGGAAGCGUGGUCACUUCAAGAACGAAUGCAAGGCGAAGAAGCGACUCAUCGGUGCAUCUGGCGGUGGGAACAACAGCCAAGGUAACAGCGGUGGCGCAGAGAGCGGUUUUGUCUUCAUGACGGGCGCGCGUGUACUACUGUCUGGUCUGAGCAAGAUGGACACAAACGUUGUCGUUACGACGGCUAAUGGGAUGAAGCUAAACGCGACGCAUCGGGAGAAAGCGCACUUGCCACUGGCUACUGGCAGAAUGUGCACUUUGGAUCACGUCCUGUUUGUGCCUGGGCUGCAACACAAUCUCGUCAGUCUUAGCGAGGUCGGAACUGCAGGGCUUGCGGCCACGUUUGAUCAUGAGCGAUGCGUGAUUACCAGCGGCAAGUCCAAGCUGGUAGCAACUCGACGAAGCAGUGGUCUGUAUGUUGUGGAAGUGCCCAGUACUAUCCGUAAUGCAUGA